AUGGGUACCCUACCAAAGUGCGACAUCUACCAAUUACGUCAUGUUGGUCGGUGCAGAUACGGGAAAUGUGAGACUUGUGGAAAAAUUGGGCAUUCUAAGGAGACGUGUUGGUAUGGAGCAGGACGUGGAAAUGGAAGACGAGGUGGUAAUGGUAAUGGUAAUCGUGGCGGGAACGGAAAUCAGUAUGGUAAUCAGAACCGAGGUGGAAACGGGAAUCAAGCGAGAAAUGGACACCGUGGAGGAAAUAACAACAAUAACCAGGGUGGUAAUGGGAACGGACGCGGCCAAGGAUGUUUUGGUUGCGGUGACAUGGGGCACUUUAAGCGGGACUGCCCUAAAAACAAUCAAGCUCGUGGAAGAGUGUUUACCAUAGGAGCCAGGGAAGCACGCCAGGAUCCAAACGUGGUUACUGGUACGUUGCCUAUUAAUCAACGCUAUGCAUCUGUGUUGUUUGAUAAUGGUGCCGAUUUUAGCUUUGUAUCCCUAGACUUUAAGAACAUACUUGGUUUAGUUGCAAGUAAGCUAGACGUCCCAUAUUCGAUAGAACUGGCUAAUGAGAAGUUAGUAGAGGCGAAUGAGGUGAUUAGAGGCUAUAUUAUAGAGCUUGGAAAGCGUGAGUUUUCGAUAGAUCUUCUGUCAGUUGAUUUGGGAAGCUUUGAUGUCAUGGUCAGGAUGGAUUGGUUGUCUAGCAACCGUGCGUAG